AUGACAUCUUCUGCACCGUCAAUCCUUGCAUCCUGCAAGCAGACACGGUUUCACCUACUAGACGACAAUCCGUCUCAAGAGGUAGAUGUCGAGGGCCUCAGUAUUCUCGUGGCGUCGUCUACGGCGGACUCCGCUGAAGAUGCAACAAAGACAAAGACCAAGGGCAAAUUCAAGGCCAAGGCCUCGGGGAAAGAGCUCAUCUCGGACGGCCAUCUACGAUUGAAAGCAGGCAUCCACUAUGGGCUGCUGGGGCGCAAUGGAACCGGGAAAUCAACGCUGUUACGGGCAAUGGCCGAAAAGCUCAUCCCUGGCAUUCCUCACGCAACGCGCAUCGCGAUUCUGCAGCAGACCGAUCAAGAUGAGCAGGGUAUUAACGCAGGACUGAGCCAGGACAGGACUGUUCUGGAACAUGUUCUCAGCAGUGACGAGUCUAGAAAUGAAGCUGUCCGCAAGGUAGACUUCCUCUCGAAAGCGUUUGAGACAGAAGAUCCUCUGGAGCCUGUGCGCGCAAUUCGGAAAAUUAGACACCAGGAAACGGAAAAGCACUUGUUCCUGGCUCACAAAAAUGCAAGUCUGAAGAGCGGAGCGCGAGGUUUGCAAGCGAGAAAAGAUUUGAAGGCUGCCGAGUUGAAAGUCGAUGCCUCGCGCGAAUUAUUGUCACAGGAUGCAGAUCAAAUAGACGCCGAGACAGUCCAGACUGAUACACAGGCCGCUGUCGAGACACUCCAGGACUUGCAAUCUCGAUUGGAAGAUAUGAAAUUGUCUGAUAUGGAGCAACAAGCUCGUCGCAUUCUUCUGGGUCUUGGAUUUAGUGAGAGUGGACUUGACAAGAAAGUGUCGGCCUUGUCCGGUGGAUGGCGUAUGCGGUGCAUGCUCGCAAGCGUUCUAAUACAAGAUCCGGAUAUUAUGAUUCUGGACGAACCAACCAAUUUUCUUGAUCUUCUAGGAGUGGUCUGGUUGGAGAAAUAUCUUCAGCAGCUACGGGACAGGUCCGAGACAACGAUCCUUUUGGUUUCGCACGAUCGAGACUUUAUCAAUGCUGUGUGCGAAGAGAUAGUAAUCGUGCGGGACCAGAAGCUCAACUAUUUCCGAGGAAAUCUCUCGGCAUAUGAGCAAGACUUCGAAGAGCAGAAACUCUACUGGGGACGCAUGAAGGAAGCCCAGGAGCGACAAAUCGCGCACAUGGAAGCCAGCAUUCGUGAAAACAUGAAGAUUGGAAAGAAAACCUACGACGAGAACAAACUUCGGCAAGCCAAAUCUCGACAAAAGAAGGUGGACGAUCGCAUGGGUCUGCAGGUGAAUGCCAACGGGGGCAGGUUCAAGCUGAACCGAGACUUGGUCGGAUUUCAUCUGAGCAGCCGUGCCGAGAUUGACGUACCAACGGACGAGAAAGGCGCGUUGAUGAGCUUGCCGGAUGCAACGGAAUUGCGUUUUCCAGGACCACUGGUCUCUCUAGAUGGGAUCACCUUCAAAUACAAAAACAGCGAUCGCAUCAUCUUGAAUGAUGUGAACUUGGUCGUUCACAUCGGUGACCGUGUUGGGAUUAUGGGUCUCAACGGGUCUGGAAAGACGACUCUGGUUCGUGUCUUGACCGGAGGUAUACCGUCUUCCAAGGGUAAAGUGACGACGCAUUCGCGACUGAAAGCGGGCUACUAUGGCCAGCACUCGGUGGAGGAGCUACAGGAGCGUGGCCGCAACGAGCCCAGCCUGACUGCACUAGGGCUGAUGAUGGCUGAGUCAGAGGGCUCGUUGAAUGAAGGUGCAGUCAGAGGUCUCCUUUCGUCCAUGGGAUUAGCAGGCCGCGUAGUGUCGGAUGUACCGGUGUCCAAAUUAUCAGGCGGACAAUUGGUCCGCCUGGCCCUGGCACGAAUUGUUUGGAAUGCACCACAACUUCUAAUUCUCGACGAAAUCACUACUCAUCUGGAUUUCCACACAGUCACAGCACUGGCAUCUGCGCUUUCUUCUUUCAACGGUGCUGUCCUCCUGGUUUCACACGAUCGUUUUUUGGUCCGAUCCGUAAUUGAAGGCAAGCGUGAUAUUGAGCACAAGCUGGACGCUGACUUCGAAGGACUAGAGGAAGAAGAGACAGAGGAGACGAAGACUCGGCGACGGUCAGUGUAUGUGCUCAAGAAUGGAAAGAUGGUCGAGCAACAGAAAGGAGUGGAACAGUUUGAGCAAAGUCUGGUGAAGAGAGUGCAAAAGAUGCUUGUCGGAUUGGCGUGA